AUGAUGAAAUCGGGACCGAGGAUGGAGGCGCUGAUCAACGAUCCCCAGAGCCUAGAGCUGGACGUUCUGCUGAUCCAGGAGCCAUCCAUUACCACCUACCGCACGCAUAUCAGCCACAGCGCCUGGCGUUUAUACCGACCUACAACUCAGACCGACGCCGUUCGAUUUCGCAGCUUGCUCUAUGUCAAUCGAAGAAUUUCUACCUCAUCGCAUCGCCAACUACCGUGUGACCACCCAGAUGUCGCGGCCAUCAAGAUCUGGACAGCCGACUCCCAAACGCUGGUAUUUUCCGUCUACAUGCCUCCAGUACCACUUCGCACGGGCGACGACUCCUCAGAAUUACCAGCCCUCACGGCGAUACAAAACUCCAUCACAACCGCUACACAAAAUGAGCAGCGCGCGACUAGCAUCAUUGUUUCCGGUGAUCUCAACCGACACCAUCCAAUGUGGGGCGACAACUAUAUCGCUCCUAGAUACAUAGAAGACGCCAGCGACCUGAUCGAUUUCUUCCAAGCCCACAACCUCCACAGUUGUCUUCCUCGAGGAACGGCGACUUACUGGGCAUUCAACAACCCCGGACAAAACUCGACCAUUGACCAGACGGUGACAGAUAGCCCGGGUUUGCUCGUCAAAUGCCAUCUGUAUCACGAAAACUAUGGAUCCGACCACCGUGCCACCUACUCGGAAUGGAACCUUCAACCCCGGAGCACGCCAAACACCAAAGCAAGGAAGGCGUAUGAGCGCGCGGACUGGGCCAGAAUCGGCGAGGAAGUAGCCCGACGGAUGAACCCAUGGAAGCAGAUCAAGACCCGGCCAACACUCGACCGGGUAGUGGAAAACCUUACAUUGACGACGGCCCAGGCGCGAUGGUUUACUCCAGAUCUUAAGGUCCAACAAGUCGAAGUCAACCAACUGCGUAGGAGGUGGCAGGCAAGCUGUGCCGAGCUGGGAAGAGAGCACGCUAACACCACGGCUGCAUUCCAAGCUAUGCGGCAGAAACGACGAGCGUGGACGAGGACCAUCGAGAAAGCCAAGUCCUCACACUGGAAGCAGUUCCUAGACGAAGCUGGUGAAGGGAAGCUCUGGAAGGCAUACAUGAAGCCCCGAGAGACAUGGGAUUGCGUCCCAGCACUGCGAGUGGGCUCGGAGGAGUGCGCCCAAAACGAAGAAAAAGCGAAGGCAUUCCUGGAUGCGUUCUUUCCCGCCAUGAGUCCACCCGAAUUCAGCCCACCUGCCACAUCGGCGACGGAACUCCCGUGGCACCCGAUUACUGAAUCGGAGAUUGAGCGAUCACUGAAAGCAGCCAAAGGGAAUACAGCGCCCGGGGAAGAUACCUUACCGAUGCUGGUUUGGAAGAGGCUUUGGAGGCAUCUGAAGGCCUUCAUUGUUAGCAUCUUCACAGCUUGCGUAGAGCUAGGGCACCAUCCGAGACAGUGGAGGAGCGCAAAAAUCACCGUCUUACGGAAACCAGGCAAGCCAGAUUACUCGAAACCUGGUGCCUACCGCCCAAUCUCACUGCUCAACACGCUCGGCAAGCUCCUGGAGGCAGUGAUGGCCCGACGGUUGUCCUAUCUUGCGGAGAAGCACGGCCUGCUACCGAACAGCCAGUUCGGCGGACGGCCGGGUAGGACCACCGAGCAAGCCCUGCUGGUGCUGUCCAGUGCGAUCGACAAAGCCUGGUACAAGCACAAGGUGGUGACCCUGAUCGCCUUCGACCUCGAAGGUGCCUUCAACGGAGUAAACAAGACAAGCCUGGAUGCGUCGCUGCAGGCGAGACGGAUCCCGCUCGUGGCCAGAAAAUGGAUCGCAAGCUUCAUGAGCGAUCGGAGCGCCAACAUUGGGUUUGACGACUUCCGCACUGAGACUGCUCCACUGAUGAAUGCUGGGCAAGCGCAAGGAUCACCACUAUCCCCCAUCUUGUUUGCAUUCUUUAACGCCGACCUGGUCGACCAGCCCGUCGACUCCCACGGAGGUGCGUCGGCAUUCAUCGACGACUACUUCCGGUGGCGAGUGGGCCACUCAACCGAGGAGAACCUUGCCAAAAUACAGGCCGAGGAUGUCCCUCGCAUUGAGGAAAGGGCACGACGAACCGGAUUCUCUUUCGCGGCGGAGAAGACCGAGCUCAUCCACCUCACCAGAAAGAAGGGAGAUCACUUGAGAGGAAAGGUCAGCUUCGAUGGAACCGACAUCAAGCCGUCACCAACAGCCAAACUGUUGGGUGUGGUGUUCGACCAGGGACUCCGCUGGAAGGAACACGUCCAGCAAGCCAUCAAACGCGCCACCAAGACGACUGUCGCUCUGAGUGGAUUAAGACACUUGCGCCCAGAGCAAAUGCGUCAGCUCUACCAAGCCUGUGUCACGCCCAUCGUAGACUAUGCAUCGACUGUCUGGCAUGACCCGCUUCGGGGCAAAACUCAUCUGCGACACUUGAACAAAGUUAAAAGAAGCGUGUUGAUCCGGAUCCUAUCCGCUUUCCGAACAGUAGCAACAUCAGCGCUAGAAGUGGAAGCCCAUAUACUCCCAACGCAUCUCCGCCUUCGCCACCGAGCGCAGCGCACCAUAGCGAGACUGCAUACUCUACCCCGGGAUCACCCCAUGUGGAGCGCACUGGUGCGUGCUCAGAAUCGUAGAAACAACGUGGGAUCGUACUCGCGCUUCCCUCUGGCGGAGGCGUUAAAAACCAUGGAAGUCAACAGACUUAAUGAGUUGGAAACGAUCGACCCACGCCCGCUGCCACCCUGGCGAGCGAACUCCUUCACAGACAUCGAAUUGGAGCACGACCUGGAAACGGCAAGAGGAAAAGCAGAGUCUGCAAAAGACAUGUCUGAUAUUGUGGUCUACUCGGACGCUUCCGGGCGUGAUGAUCAUCUAGGAGCGGCCAUCGUCACGCUCAACGACAAUGGAGAAGUGUUAGAAGCCCAGCAGAUCCAGGUAGGUCCGAUGGAUCGCUGGUUGGUCCACGUCGCAGAGCUCAUCGGCAUCCUUUACGCGGUCGACAUGGUAUUCAAGCUGGCCCACCAACGCAUAGACAGACUGGGAUUGCUGGGUGGAACACACGGGACGGCAAAAAUCUUAUGCGACAGCAGAUCGGCACUGCAAGCAAUCCAGAACCCAAGCAACAAAUCGGGACAGCGAAUCGUCCAUGCGAUCACCCAGGCAGCCUCCGAGGUUCAAGCAAAGAACAUCAGACUCCGCCUCCAUAAAGUUCAUGCUCAAUGGGAGCAGGAAUGGAAAGUUAGCACCAAAGGUUCUCACGUACGAAAGAUUGACAGCGAGCUACCGGCGCCGUACACGAGAAAGCUUUAUGGGAACUUACCCAGGAAUCGCGCAUACCUGCUGACGCAGCUACGCACGGGCCAUAACUGGCUAUCCACCUACGCGAAGAGGUUCGGCUUCCGCGAAGAUGAUUUGUGCGAGUGCGGCGCGCAGGAGACGGUCAGCCACGUGUUGCCGCACUGUCCAAACCUGCAAGAGCUGCGGGGUGAAUUGAGGAGAAAAGCCGGGGACGCGUGUAACAGCGUGUCGAGUCUGCUGGGAGGCUCAACCGAAGGUGAGAAAGGUAAACCAGACAACGUCUCAAGGGCGAAGACGGUUCAGGCCGUAUUGGACUUCGCCGAGGCGUCACAGCGGUUCCGCAGUCGUGCACCAUGA